CCUGUGACCUCACUCUCAGUGAACACAGUCCCUGUGACCUCACUCUCAGUGACACCACUGCCUGCGGCUCAACUCUCAGCGACCCAACUCUCAGCGACCCAACUCUCACCUGUGACCUCACUCUCAGUGUCCCCACUCCUUGUGACCCCACUCCCAGUGACCCCAAUCUCAGUCACCCCACUCCCUGUGACCCCACUCUCAGUGACCCCACUCUCAGUGACGCCACACCCUCUGACCCCACUCCCUGUGACCCCACUCUCAAUGACCCCAUUCUCUGUGACACCACUCCCUGUGACCCCACUCUCAGUGACCUCACCCUCAGUGACCCCACUCCCUGUGACCUCACCUUCAGUGACCCCAUUGAAACCACUCCCUGUGACCUCAUUCACCGCGACCCAACUCUCAAUGACCCCACUCCCUCGACACCACUCUCACGACCCAACUCUCAGUGACGUCACUCCCUCUGACCCCACUACCUUGACCCCAUUCCCUUUGACCUCACUCUCAGUGACCUCACUCUCAGUGACCCCACUCCCUGUGACCUCACUCUCAGUGUCCCAACUCUCAGUGACCCCACUCCCUGUGACCCCACUCUCAGUGACCCCACUCUCAGUGACCCCACUCUCAGUGACCCCACUCCCUGUGACCCCACUCACUGUGACCCUACUCUCAGUGACCCAACUCUCAGUGACCCCACUCCCUGUGGCCCCACUCCCUGUGACCUCACUCUCAGUGUCCCCACUCCUUGUGACCCCACUCCCACUCCCUGUGACCUCACUCUCAGUGACCACACUCUCAGUGACCCCGCUCCCUGUGACCUCACUCUCAGUGACCCAAAUCUCAGUGACCCCACUCCCUCUCCCUGUGACCUCACUCUCAGUGACCACACUCUCAGUGACCCCGCUCCCUGGGACCUCACUCUCACCUGUGACCUCACUCUCAGUGUCCCCACUCCUUGUGACCCCACUCCCAGUGACCCCAAUCUCAGUCACCCCACUCCCUCUCCCUGUGACCUCACUCUCAGUGACCACACUCACAGUGACCCCGCUCCCUGUGACCUCACUCUCACUCCCUGUGACCUCACUCUCAGUGACCACACUCUCAGUGACCCCGCUCCCUGGGACCUCACUCUCAGUGACCCAAAUCUCAGUGACCCCACUCCCUGUGACCCCACUCUCAAUGACCCCACUCUCAGUGACCCCACUCCCUGUGACCUCACUCUCAGCGAUACAACUCUCUGUGACCCCACACCCUGUGGCCCCACUCUCAGUGACCUCACUCUCAGUGACCUCACUCUCAGUGACUUCACUCUUAGUGACCUCACACAAAGUGACCUCAUUCUCAGUGACACCACUGUUACUCAGUGACCCCACUCUCAAUGACCCCACUCUCAAUGAUCCCACUCUCAUGACCCCACUCUCAGUGACGCCACACCCUCUGACCCCACUCCCUGUGACCCCACUCUCAAUGACCCCAUUCUCUGUGACACCACUCCCUGUGACCCCACUCUCAGUGACCUCACCCUCAGUGACCCCACUCCCUCUCCCUGUGACCUCACUCUCAGUGACCACACUCUCAGUGACCCCGCUCCCUGGGACCUCACUCUCACUCCCUGUGACCUCACUCUCAGUGACCCAACUCUCAGUGACCCCGCUCCCUGUGACCUCACUCUCAGUGACCCAAAUCUCAGUGACCCCACUCCCUGUGACCCCACUCUCAAUGACCCCACUCUCAGUGACCCCACUCCCUCCUGAAGGGUACAGUCAGAACCUCAUCAGAGACAGUGACUGCCCAGACUCGGCUGAGAGUCACAUCGUACACUGA